AUGACGGCCAACGAGGAACAGUGGGACCUCGACACCGAUGAGAUCCGCUCAAUCGAUUCGGAAGAACUCUACGAGACCAGACCUAACCGCUGGAAGGGUAGCAAAGCGACAUGGCACGUCUACACGCAGGAGGAGCGCCUCAUUUACAAAUCGCUCGAAGAAAUUCGCAACCGCGACCUGUCGGUUCACCUGUACAAUGCGUUUGCGCUGAAAAAUCGUGAGACCCGGGCGGGUGCAGCAGAGCCUGAUGCAGAGGACGCGGAUAGACCGCUUGAGGAGAUUGUGGAUGCUAGCGACUGGCGUCCGCCAAACCCGUGGACUGCCUGGCCUAUGAACACGCAGACAGUACCCGGCGACGACUUCCUGAAGCAGACGCAUGACGAGGACGAUGAGUUCACGAUCCGGUCCAAUGCGCCUCAGAUGCCCAGCACCGCCCUGGAAGACGAGCUCACGGCCACAAUUCUAAGGCAGGCCAAGGAACGCUUCUACCAACGGCAGGAAAAGUACAGGCGGAAAGAGGCUGCUGCACAGCACGCCGCCGCCGCAACGUCGCAAUCGGCGGCUACGAUGUCCGGCGUCACCUCAGACGACGAGGACGACGUUAAACCUCCCGCGGAUGAUGAGACGCAACCAGAAUCUUCCGAGAAGACCCCACAGACUCAACGAACAAAGACGUAUGAAGCAGUCGUAUCCGCCAACGACGACCUCUCCGCAGACCUCCUCCGCCCGUCCGUCAGGCACAUCCUGACCGUGAUGGACAACACCCUGACGACCCUGCACAACGCCCGUCUGGCGGGCCUGAGCUACAUGACCGACUCCUCCGCCUCGGCGACAGACCUCUCCGACGCGGAGGGCUCCGACAGUGCUGUCUCCCGGCGGUCUCGGUCGCGCACGCCGUCGAGGAAGUGUGGGAAGCGAAGCCGGUCGCGGAGUCGGGCGCCGCGGACACCCGAGCCGGAGCGCAGCGCCUCUGGCAAGAGGGGAAAGGGACGCCCGAGGAAGGUCCAGACGCCGUUGCCGGGUGAGACGGAGAGGGAGAUGGUGAUUCGGAUUGCGAGGGCGCAGAAGAAGAAGAUCCCAGCCGCGUCUGAUGCGGAGGAUAAUAACGCUAGCAUGGAUAAUAUUGCGGCCAUACAUGAGAACGACGCCGACGAUGAAGACAUGAGCCCUGAAAAGCGCCGUCCAACACCGAAAUCCCCCGCCAGAUCUCCCCGCAAAAAGCGCGACCUGCCCCCCGAAGCACGCAUGGAAGCCCGGACCAAAGCGCGCGAGGCCAUGCUCGGCAACUGGGGCCUGCGCGACUGGAGCGACGUCCUCGGCGCGGCGUCCCUCUCGGGCUUCAAGCCGGAAGUCGUCGCGCGCGCGGCGCAGCGGUGCGCGGAUCUGUUCGGGCAGGGGAUGGAUAUGCAGACUCUCGUCGAAGGGCCGGCGUCUAAGAGAUCGAAGCCGCAGAGGACGCGCUAUAUCCCGGGGAUGCGGCGCCACCGCGCGGUUUCGUUGUCGAGCUCGGAGGACGAGGGGGAUUGUGUGGAUGCCCGGGGCCGGAAGAGGCGGGCGCGCAGCCGUGGGAGGGAGAGUGUUGCGCCUAGCGAUUCCGAGGCGAGGGCGGGGAGUAGGAGGCGGAGUGUGUCGCGGUCGUCUUCGGUAGGACUGUUCUUCUGUCCUGUUGCGGGGUGUGAGAGGGCGGCGGAGGGGUUCGGGAGGAAGGCGAAUUUGCAGAGGCAUGUGGCGAGGGUCCAUCCUGGCCAGGCGGUUGAUGUGGAUGAUGUCGAGAGUGAGAAUGAGAUGUUUGGGGCGGUGCAUGUUGAUGGGUUCUUGAAGCCUAUCCGGGCUAGGAAGGGAUGGAGGGCGGAAGACACGGGGAUGAGGAAGCGGAAGAGGCAUUAUCGGGGCAGGAGGCUUCAGAGCGGUGAUGAGGGUAGUGUUGGAGGUGAGGAGUCGUUUUGGGAUUCUUCUUGA